GAAUUUGCAAGCUGCCAUUGGUGCUUACUAUGACUUUGAGAGCCCCAAUAUAAAUGCUCCUUCUAUGUCAUUUGUUGAAGAUGUUACGAUAGGAGAAGGAGAAUCUGUACCACCCGACACCCAGUUCACCAAAACCUGGAGGAUACAGAACACGGGUGCAGAGCAGUGGCCACCUGGAGUUUCCCUGAAGUAUGUGGGAGGUGACCAGUUUGGGCACGUGAACAUGGUGAUGGUUCGGUCGCUUGAGCCUCAAGAAGUUACUGACGUCAGCGUUCAGAUGCGAAGUCCAUCUACAUCAGGAAUGUUCCAGGGCCAGUGGCGCAUGUGCACGGCUACUGGGCUUUAUUUUGGAGAUGUGAUUUGGGUGAUUCUGAGUGUUGAAGUCGGAGGCCUUUUAGGAGUUACGCAACAGUUGUCUUCGUUUGAAACAGAAUUUUCUUCACAACCGUGUCGCAAGAUUGAAGGCAAUUUUAACCCUUUCGCCUCACCGCAGAAAAACAGGCAGUCUGAAGACAGCAUUGUGAAGGACCCCGGGGGCCGAGGUACAAACCCCAUUAGUAAAAAUGCAUGGAGCCCAAGUCAAGACCAAAAUGAACAAGAGCAAAAUGGACUGUCGCAGAAAUCUGUAAAUAUCUCACCUAACAGUCACUCUAGCAACUUAUCAGUGGUGACUUACAGUCAGGGUUUCCAUGGCCCUUAUCCCUUUGGUCAGUCUUAAAACGGGUAUUGCCAUUGUCCAGCAGCCUCUGGGGUCUCAGCGUGACUCUGCAAUUUGCUAUGGCCCUCCCCCCCCCCCCCCC